CUGAGUUUCAUCCAGUACAGACGUAUGGAGCUCCUCGCUACGGAGGUGAGAUCCCCAUCAAAUUCGUCAAAUGUCCAAAGCUAAUAUCAUCAGCCUGCAAGCAUUGAAGAAGCCAGUAAAUCCAUGCAAAACGAAAUCAAGCAGAGUGCUGAGAUUUGUGACGAGAUCGCCACUUUCCAACUCCAACGCAUCAUGUCUGCCAAAGGACUCCGAGAGGAGAUUAGUCACGCACAUAUCGCAAUCGAAGACAUCGAAGAAGGACAAAAGCAGGCCACUGCCGUGAACGAAGCACAGAUCAUUCGUGAAGGUGGAAUGCUGCCAGCGAAGUCCCAUGCAGAGCAUUGGGAGGCAGAAACACAUGCUGACGACAAUGUUCCAAACAAUGUUGAUCUUGAUUGUGCGGUCGAAGAGCUGCGAAACCAAAUUGACGGUUUGCGGGCUCGCUUCAACUUUGAGUGCACCUUACAUGGCAUGAUGCAGAAGUUGAAACUCGAGUUCGCAAUCAAUGCCAAUCUUGAUGGCGCUGAACUUGACAAAUUUGUCUCGAGCACUGACGACGAUCAAGAGAUGCGGCUUGGCCGAUCUUCUCUGCCUAACGCGAUGCCUAUGAUGAACGACUUUGUCAAGGGCGCUCUCAACCCCAAGUUGAAGGACCUUGGUAUGGCAAUCCUCUCCACCCAUUUGAAGGAGGACAAACCCUACACGCUUGAGUAUCUAGCCCGAUGUGGGUCACCUAAGGCCUGGAACAGCGAGGAACUUAAUGACAUUUUCAACACCCCCGAAACCGAAUCUGCUCCGCCUACUCCAGUAAAUGAAGACUGGGCUGAGCCACCUAUUCCAUGCUUUACAUGUGGCCAGACGGGACACGCAGCAAAGGACUGCCGUGUUGUUGAUUUCCCUGCUGAGACUGAGGCCCAAUACUUGGAAGCCCCAGAGUCGAAGGCUAACAACGAAAUGCCAAGCACAAAGUUGUGGGUGGAGAAAGAUGUGUAUUGCGAUAAUUGCGGCAUGUACGGUCAUUCGGAAGACUACUGUAACCAUAUUUUUCCGGAAGAAGAAAAGCCGAACUAUUGCAACCAAUGCAAGAAGCACGGUCAUAUGGAGGACACAUGCUGGAGACUGCACCCUUGGCUGAAGGAGCAGUUCUUGAAGGAGCAGUUCUUGAAGGAGCAGUUCUUGAAGGAGAAGGAAGAGAAGGAGAAGAAGACGAGAUGCUUGGAUUGCGGAAGAGUCGGCCACGAACGCAGAUUCUGCUACAAAGUCCACCAAUACAAAUGAGAAUGAAACAAAGAUCUGGUAUCUCCGCAAGGCCGAAUAGAUGGGGAUAUUUGGCUGGGGAGUAGUAUGGGAGAGUUUCAUAUGUCAAAGAAGUACCAUGGCGUGCCUGGGAGUUGAUUUGACGUAUGUAUGGAGAUGUCCAACCAGUGAUAGUGUAUUAAUUCAGGUAAUGUAGAGUAGCAUUUGUUAAAAUGAGUCUUCUAGCCUUUGCAGCAGGGGACGCUUUUUGAGAAUGAGACCGAAUGUGUAAUUAGAGAUCAAUCAAAGCAAGCUGUACAAAAGGAGU